CGAGUAGGUUUAGUAGAGAUCUUCGCUGCCAUUCGUCGUUUUGAGUUUUUCGUCGUCGCAUUGAUUUGACCAAAAAUAUCCUGGUUCUCGGCGUCUGCAAUUUGGGCCCCAGUAGAUCCCCUAGAACCCAGAGUGAGAACAACUCACUCGCCCGUCAUUCUUGUCGUGACAAUCACCAGUUACACGGCCAAAAGAAAUUUCGCGAAGUACUAGGGACACAGAGCACCAGAGCACCAUGGCAAACAGGUCUUGCUAGAUAUUGAAGACGCGCCUUGAAUCUAAACAACGAAAAGAAGUCUGAAUCCCUUGUUAAACAAAGACCACUCGUCGCUAUGGAGCGUAUCCGGCAAACCAAUCCCGGCCUGGAGAAGUUUCUCCAGUCUGAGCCGGAAAACCAGUACUGUGCGGACUGUGGCACGAAGAACCCCCGGUGGGCCAGCGUCAGCCUGGGGAUCUUCAUCUGCACCAAUUGCGCCGGGAUCCACCGGAAACUCGGCGUGCACAUCAGCUUCGUCCAAUCCUGCACGAUUGACAAGUGGAAGCCGGAAUGGAUCGUGAAGUUCAGCAAGAUGGGCAACCGCGUUGCGAAGCUCUACUACGAGUACCACGUGAAGGACGAAGACGUGGAGAAAGCGUUUCCCGGCAACAACGUGCGCAUCAACGUGAUGACGAUCAACGGCCGGACGAAUUUCCACCAAAUCCAGUACUCCGAUGAUAUGGCGUUCUCAAGUGUUACAUUCUCAACUGUUACAUCAUGAUUUGUCAUGCAAAAGCACGAUCAGAAUCGCCACGAUCUAGCUGCUUCGCAUGGCAAAUUCUCGAAGGGCCAAACAGGCUGAAAGCCUUUGCCAAAUCUGUCAUGCAAGACGAGCAAAGUCGCCCCUUUCACUUUUGCCAUUCUUGCAUGUUGACAAAUUGAUGUAACAGUUGAGAAGGUAACAGUUGAAAGCGCCAUAGAUGACCAAUUUGCGGUGGGCGGGGACGGCAUCAGCGAGGAAGCGGGCCGGCGAUUUGAGGAAUGGAUCAGACGGAAAUACGAGCUGAAGGAGUUCGUCUUGGACCCGGAGCUCCCCGAGCCCAAAGUGAUUGUCCAGCGGGGCGGGCAGCUGUUGCCCAUAGAAGUGUACGAAAUGCACUUGAAAGGAGGGAGUAGCAGCAGCGGGAAUCAUUAUAACGGGCAGCAACAGCGGGAACAACAGCAGCAGUUUGACGACAACAAUCGAAACCAGUACGAGAACUUCGAUCAAGGUGCUGCUGGAGGAGGUGGGGUACAACCACCUGGCGCGUCUAGCUCUUCUUCCAACGUGAAGAAAAAGAAGAAGAAAAAAUCAGCAAGUUUCGCGGAAGACAUGAACCACGGAACCUUUUACGCAACAAUGAAUGAAGAAGAGAAUUACGAUAACAACGACAGCAAUGCGAAUAAUUUUGGCUACUCCAAUUUCGGCGGAGGUGGAGGCUAUGAUGAGGAGGAAGGAGCUAAUGCGGGGAGUGACCAAACGAGGUCGCCGCGGGACGAGGAUAACAUGAACUUUGCAUCCUCAUCUGCGCGAGCAAACAGAAAUAACAAAUUCGAUAAAAAUUCCGAGCAAAAUGACCAGUCGUUUUCUUUUUUCCCCAAAACGGUUUCCGGGGACUACAUGUUUGGAGAUAAUGGUCAGGAAUCGUCUCCGCCUGUGACCUCUUCCAGAAAAAAGAGCAGUAGCAGCCGCGCACCAGUAGAUCAGGGUGGAGCGGGUUCGGCAAGCACCUCUGGUCGACGAGAAUCUACUACCCGGGCGGCAGCCAGCAGUUCUUCUAGUACCGUGCGGCCACCUGGCGCUAGCAGUUCGAGCAGUCGCGGCUUGCAACCGCCGACAGCACCAGGAGCGCAGAUGAACUACGCAUCUGCAUCUUCCAGAGGUGGUCCACAUGUCGGGCCACAUCUGAUGUCACCGCAACGGCAGAUGAACUACAUGCCGGGCUAUGCCGGACCACCUCCGCAGCACCCACUCUACGCCGGGGGAACAAUGGUGCCGCCCGGGUCGAUGCCGUAUGGCAGCAUGGGGAGUGCCGGUGCUCAGCCAAUGCCGAUGCAGAUGCCACCGGCGUCGAUGCAGCAACCAUAUCCGCCUUACAACUACCCAGGAGGAGGGGGAGGACCGAUGCCUUCUUCCCCCAAUCUCAUGCAGCCACAACAAGGCGGCGGGUAUAACACAACACUGGGAGGAAACUACAUGAACCCACCAAAUUUCAAUGCCUACAACUCCCCACCACCGGCUCCGUAUAAUCCAGCUGCAGUGCCGUUGCAGCCUGGUAUGCCACCGCAGCUACACCAGCAGCCAACAGUUUUGAACCCGCAGAUGGUGCAGCAAAUCCAGCAAAAUCAGCAGCAGCGGGAGUUUUUGGAUCAGUUGAAUCUGGUCGGGAAAAAGGAGAAAAAAGGACCAAAUUCCGCGGAGCAAGACUUGGAGGCGGAACUGGAAUUACCAAAUGUCGACCUGGCACAAUUGGCUGCAAGUACUUGUUUACUUAAAUUGCUUUGUGGUUUGCAACAGGAAAUGAUCUUCUAUAUGUGGAAGUGGACUAGGGAUAUGUUCUAUGCUCACACCAACUUGCUGUCAGUAUCUUUCACACUAUGCAGAUUUUUCGCAUGACAAAAAUAAAACACAACUCCACAGUUUUCGGCCUGAACGUUCCUCUGGACGAAAUCAUUCCCGAGUCCAAACAGACCCCGGCCGAGCAACAAGCCGCACAGGCGAAGCGGGACAAGGCCGAGAAGUUGAGACAACAAGAGAAACAAGCAGCUUCGCAGAAUCAAAAGCCCCCAGUCGACCACGUGACCAUCGGGAUUAAGAAGCGCGAGGAAUGGCGGAUGCUGAUGAACUGCAAUGCGGAAAACUCGGAUGAAACGGACGAAAAUCUGAAAAAAGCAAAGAAUUUAAAGAAGCGGUACUCUGAGGCCGUGAAUGCGGUGUGUAACCUGUUCAAUGGGCAGGGCGGGGGGCUUUUUGACGAGUUGUUGAAGCAGUUUGAUAGGGACAAGAUGAUAAUCCCCUACGGUCUGAACAUCCACCAGAAAAAAUUCAUCAUCGAGCAAACGGAUUUGAAAGGAACAAAGGGUAGCGCGAAGGAGGAAAAGGAGAAGGUGGAAAUGAAAAACGCGUCCACGCAAACGGACGACCGGUUGCUGUUGCACUUCAUUCAAGAGAAGCUGUUGCUCCAAUCAAAGAAACUGCUGGAGAAAAGUAUUUGUUUCGUUUGCUUUUUUAGGAGGUUUUAUUUUGUGUUGCAUAGAAGUUUGCUUCGUUUUUCAAGUACAAGAACUGUGAUGCGGAAACGAAUUACGGCAAAAUUCAUCUAUUUUUCUUCUUUUCAGAACUGGCUUCCCUUUCCGGCGGCGGUGGGUUGGGCAGCAUGCCAGGGACGACGGCGAACCAUUUCCACCACAGUCCGGGCUUGGUACCUCCUGCGGCCAGUGGGGGACGGAGAUAGGAGGAGGGUUGUGGAAAGCGUUGCGUGCAGCACUUCUGACACGAUUUUUGAGUGGUUUGGAAAAGUUGAUUUGUGUUUGUCAAAAGAUCAGAUGAAGAAUUGCACAACUUGGGACGGCGCGAUUGCGUUCGAAGAAACUGCAAAAUAAUUCUACGGUACAUUAGUGUUUUACUUUACCGCAUCACCAUCACUUCGUGAAAUCGAAAUUUGGAUGGGCACAGAGGUAGUUUCAUGAUAGCCCUUGUACUUAU